AUGGUACUCGAGAAAAGGACCGGUCCUCCAGCAGGAGAAGUCCAGCAAAAGAAGGAGGCUGCCAAUCCAGUUUACCGCAUCCAGAAGUUGCCAGUUACCACUGUGCAACCGCGCCAAAGGCGCACCGGUUGUAAUCGAUCUAGUAGAAAUAUUGCUGAGUUAAUCGACAGCGAUGCAGGGGCCCUCUUUGCCGGUGCAUUGUUCAUCGGAGUGUGA